GAGUGGGGGAAAGAGUGAAAGAGAGAGAAAGAAAGAGGGAGGGAGAGCGAAGCGAAGUGAAUGUUCAAGCCCACUGUGGUCCCUGCUAAAACACAGAAUCGGAGCGGAAUGGAGGGAUUAACCAGUAGGAUUUAAGAUUUGGAGCGAGAGCUGAAGCUCAUGUGGAGGCAGCCAAUCAGGAGAAGAUCGGGAUUAAAAGGAGCCUUGGUCUAAAUGGGUCCUGUCAUGCCUCCAAGCAAGAAGCUGGAAGCGUCCGGGGUGAGCGUCGCCAGCGGCCUGAGCCAGCUGUACCAGGCGGGCUCCAUCGCGCAGGUGCUGCGGGAGGCGGAGGCCGUGGGGCUGCCGCCACCCCUGCCUGCCUCCGAGCUGGAGAAGACGGGCCCCGACGACGAGGAGCUCACCAACCUCAACUGGCUGCACGAGAGCAAGAACCUGCUCAACAGCUUCGGCGAUCCCGUGCUGCGCAGCGUGAGCCCCGUGCAGGAGGCGGACGAGGACGCGCCGCCCUCGCCGGCGCCCCCCGACCUGCCGUAUGACGCCAAGCAGAACGCGAACUGCAAGCCGCCGUACUCCUUCAGCUGCCUCAUCUUCAUGGCUAUCGAGGACGCGCCGGCCAAGAGGCUCCCCGUUAAGGACAUAUACAACUGGAUCCUGGAGCACUUCCCCUACUUUGCCAAUGCCCCCACGGGCUGGAAGAACUCCGUCAGGCACAACCUCUCACUCAAUAAGUGUUUUAAGAAGGUAGACAAGGACCGGAGUCAGAGUAUUGGGAAGGGCUCCCUGUGGUGCAUAGACCCAGAGUACAGACACAAUCUCAUCCAGGCACUGAAGAAGACACCUUAUCAUCCCUGCUCCCAAGUGUUCACCACGCCUUCCACCUCUCCUCAGGCAUAUCAAAGCAUGUCCAGUCCUCCAAUUUGGCCAGGGAGUCCCUUCUACAGGAAAAACAAGGGAGUCCUCUUACAAGUCCCUCAGGGAGUGAUCCAUAACGGAGCUCGCAUGAUGAGCCAGGGCCUCUUCCCAGGAAUCCGACCCCUUCCCAUCAACCCCAUUGGCAGCAGAACAGCUGCGGUCAGGUCAGUCCUGGCUGGCUGCAGGAUACGCACCGACAGCGAGCCGUCCUGCGACUCACCGCUGGUCAGCAGCGACCCCAAGGAGGACCACAACUACAGCUUCGCCAAAUCUUCCAGCUCGGCACCCGGGGAGCCGAGCCCCGACGCCUACGGCCAGGCAGGCUUCCACAGCAACGAGACCGGCAGCGACGCGGAGGAGGCGGAGAAGAGCAAGAUCAAGAAGGAGCCCAAGGAGUGGCCGGUGGACGCGCUGGCGCUGGCUCAGCACAAGAAACGGCAACACUUGGCCAAGGCCAAACAGAGAGUGGCCAGUGACACGCUGCCCUUGAAAAAGAGGCGUACGGAGAAGCCUCCGGAAAGCGACGACGAGGAAAUGAAGGAGGCGGCGGGCUCCCUGCUCCACCUGGCCGGCGUCAGGGCCUGUUUGAACAAUAUCACCAACCGGACGGCCAAGGGCCAGAAAGAGCAAAAAGAGUCAAUGAAAAGUAAUUGACUGUGUUAUGAGUAAGGAAAAAAAAAACAUCACUUUUAAUAGAAUUUACUAUUUUUUUCCAGGACAUCAGGUGAAUUCUACUGAUUUGUGGCAAUAUCAACAAUCACUUUGUUUUCCUAUCGUUAUAGGUCUUGUUAUUGAGGGUUCUUUAUUUUCUUUU